AUGGAUCCCGGAGAGGAAACUAUGGCGAAGGUUAAGAGGGGAUGCAUAAAGGAGACAGCUGGGCCAUGGAGGGUGCGGCGGAGAGGGCGAGAUGGGGCGGUGAAAACGUCGGACCGGUGGCCAAGUCCACGGGAGAGGGAGAACAACCGCCAUCGGGAGCAGCAGCGGCGGAGGGUGGCUGCGAAGAUAUACGCGGGGCUGAGGGCUCACGGCAACUACCAACUGCCGAAGCAUGCAGACCAAAACGACGUGCUCAAAGCAUUGUGCCAGGAGGCAGGGUGGCACGUUGAGGAAGAUGGAACCAUUUACCGCAAGUCCUUGGAGCAAAACAGAGCCAGCAUCCUUGGGUCGCCCAUUGUUGAUAAAUCCAGCGAUCAUGGCAAGCCAGGAAAGUCUCCUUCAAUAGCUGAUAUAAUAACAAAUGAAGAUGAAGAUACGACACAUCAUUUCUUGGCUAUUAAAAGAUCGAAGCUUAGUAAUUGA